AACAACAUAUUUAUUAAAUUUAAAAAAGAUUCACCGUCUUUGAGUAGUCAACUUGGGGUUGAAGGAGGUGUUGAGUUGAGAAUCGGAGAAGGGAAAUGGAAGAACUGAACAAGAAUCAGUCUCAUUCUCCUUUCACUCAACCAAUCCGUUGCAUAGUCAAACUCGGAGGAGCUGCGAUCACUUGCAAAAAUGAAUUGGAGAUGGUCAAUGAGGAGAUUCUUCAGAAGGUUUCGGAACAGCUGAGGCAAGCAAUGAUUGCAUCUUCUGAGAAGCCUCCUGGGAUGGAUUGGAGCAAGAGACAUGGAGGUUCAGAAAUUUGUUGUAACCCUGAAGAAUUUGGAGAUCAUUCUGCUACUGAAUGUAGCCGUUUCAUUGUUGUUCAUGGAGCAGGUUCUUUUGGGCAUUUCCAAGCUAGCAAAUCUGGUGUACACAAGGGGCAACUGAAUAAACCUCUUGUCAAAGGUGGUUUUGUUGCUACCCGAAUUUCUGUAACCACUCUCAAUCUUGAAAUUGUUAGAGCACUAGCCAGAGAGGGCAUCCCUUCAAUUGGAAUGUCACCUUUUUCAUGUGGAUGGAUCACCAGUGAGAGACAUAUAUCUUCAGCUGAUUUAUCUUCGGUGGCUAAGGCAAUAGAUUCUGGUUUUACACCUGUUCUGCAUGGAGAUGCAGUGCUUGAUGAGAUUCAGGAAUGCACUAUUUUGAGUGGAGAUGUUAUCAUAAGUCAUCUGGCAGCGUACUCAAAACCUGAAUAUGUUGUUUUUCUGCAUUGCUCAAAGACAGAUGUAUAUGGGGUAUAUGAUCGCCCUCCAACGGAACCUGAUGCAGUACUCUUAAAGGAGAUUGCUGUUGCUGAAGAUGGAAGCUGGUCAGUUGUAAAACCGAAGUUGCAGAACUCAAUUGAACUAACUGUUGCUGCCCAUGAUACAACUGGUGGGAUGAAAACAAAGAUAUCAGAAGCUGCAAUGAUAGCAAAACUUGGAAUUGAUGUCUACAUUGUCAAGGCAGCAACAAGCCACUCAUUAAGGGCCUUAAAUGGAGAUCUGAGAAGCAGCAUCCCUGACGACUGGCUCGGCACAGUUGUUCGGUCUGCGAGAUAAAUCUUCCAUUAAAAUAUUUUCCAUAGCUCCCAAUCAUCAACAUGAAGUAGUAAUCCUUGCCUCUUUGGGCCACUUCAUGAAUGUGAGUCAGUUGCAUUAACAACAAUUACAGUCCAGAAGCAACUCGCAAUUCUCGUGUUAAAUUGCAGUGAUGUUCUACAUAAAAUAAAGAUUGAUAGCUAAAUGCCACAUUUUCCGUUUUAUCCACCUUGAUGUACAAUUAUAAACAUUAGUCUUAUCUCAUUAAGUGAGGUUGAUUACAUAGAUCACAUGAUAGCAGUGAGUUCAGUUCAUAACCAAAUUUUCAGGAAUGUACAAUUGUUUUGUCAAACAUUUUGGCUAGUUCUUUUUGGUUAUCUAAGUUAUGUUUGGCUACUUAAAUAAUUUCUUAGUUACUUUCAUAAGUUGCAAGCUUGUUUUGUUA